GCGGCUGUGUGUGUGUGUGUUGAGAGUGAGUGAGAGGGAGGAGAGUCCGGAGAAGCUCAAAACUUUACUUCAGACAUUUCACACGUUUAACUACAAACUUUCCGCAUUAUUUACACCCGGUGGGUUGUUGUGUCUGUAAAAACGGGUCGAUUAGAGCGGCGUGUUGGGGAGAAGUGCGGAUAAUAGCGCGCUAAGCUGAGGAAGCCGUGGGUCGAGCCGAGCUGAGCUGGUUGACACUGGCAGUCUGGAUUAGCUUGGCUAGCCGAGGUUAGCACUCUAGCCAACAGUGUGUAUGCAGAAUGGAGAGUUUAACACUGACUGAUGUCGAGCAGAAAUAUUACUCGGAUCUAUUCGCCUACUGUGAUGUGGAUAACACGAAGAAAGUGGCAUCCAACAACAAAGUCCUGGAGCUCUUCCGAGCAGCCCAGCUCCACAACGACGUGGUGAUCCAGAUAACCGAACUGUGUGGUGCGACACGUCUCGGCCAUUUCGGUCGAAGCCAGUUCUACAUUGCAUUGAAGCUUAUCGCAAUAGCCCAGUCUGGACUGCCUCUUCGUGUAGAAAGCCUCAACAGUGUGAAAGAUUUGCCUCUUCCUCGAUUUGUGGUGGUAAAGAACGAACAGGAAGCCAGGCAUGCAAGCGUGUACCCGGACUCAGAGAACCAGGGUCCGUACUCCAGCCUGAUCCCCAGACCCCCCGGCCGAGUCCAGUCUAAAAAGGUUUCUACACACGAGGUGAUUCAGCCCUGUGUGCCCCCGGUGGAUCCCCAGCCGGACACGACGUCUCCGGUAGUGUCCCCUCACCAGUCUCCGCCCACCUCGCCUCACGCGUGGAGAAAGCACAAGCGCCAGGCCAGUGGCGGCACCGUGGAUCGACAGGCUGCUGGGGCGGGAGCCGCGUGGCCGCCGUUUAGAGAAGCACAACCAGGUCCAGUACCAGGUGAUGGGAUGUGGUCUGCCCACUCUCCUCCUCCGGUUCAGGAGAACUGGGUCAGUUUUACUGACACUCCUCCGUCCAGCACUCUUCCAGCAAUGCAUCCUUCCUCGGCUCAGGAGAGUACGACGGUACGAACGGCUGCCUCCGCCGCAACCACGAACGAGAUCCAAAGACAGGCCAGCGGCUACGACGAUCCCUGGAAAAUCACAGACGAGCAAAGACAGUAUUACAUAAACCAGUUCAAAACUAUCCAACCAGAUCUUACUGGUUUUAUUCCUGGUUCUGCUGCAAAGGAGUUUUUUACUAAGUCAAAGCUGCCUAUUCUUGAACUGUCUCACAUUUGGGAACUCUCAGAUUUCGAUAAAGACGGCGCGCUGACCCUGGACGAGUUCUGCGCCGCGUUCCAUCUCGUAGUGGCCAGAAAGAACGGCUACGACCUUCCCGAGAAGCUGCCCGAGAGCCUCAUGCCGAAGCUCAUUGAUCUGGAUGACUCGGCAGGAGGUCCUGAGCCUGCUCCUGAGGUGGGCUUCUCUGGUUCCCCUGUGGAGGUGGCGCCCAGUAAAUCCCCCUCUAUGCCCUCCCUGAAUCAGACCUGGCCUGAACUCAACCAGACAAGCGAGCAGUGGGAGACUUUUAGCGAACGCUCCUCAAGCUCACAAACUCUGACCCAAUUUGAUUCUAACAUUGCACCAGCUGACCCUGAUACGGCAAUAGUGCAUCCUGUACCCAUCCGUAUGACGCCUAGCAAGAUACAUAUGCAGGAAAUGGAGCUGAAGAGAACAGGGAGCGACCACACACAUCCCACAAGUCCUUUAAUCACUAAACCACCUGAACUCUCUGAGGAGAAAAAGCUAGCAGCCAUUAAAUUUCCUGGCACCACCGUAGGUGAUGGUUAUAGCAGCUCGGAUUCCUUCACAUCUGAUCAGGAACCCAUUUCAAGUGCAGUAACUAGACAAAGGUCUCACUCCGGGACGUCUCCUGAAGGACUGAAAACGGUGGCGCCACCCCCUCCGCCUCCUCGCCCUCACGCGUCCCACUCGCGCUCCUCAUCGCUAGAUAUGAACAGAAAUUUUGCCGCCGUCACUGGAGGAGCUCAGCAGCAGGCAGGAGUGGUGGCGUUUCCCCCCGCUGUGCCACCCCGGCCACUGGCCACACAGACGUCUGUACCGCAUGGACACCGCUCGGUGGAUGGAGAUGUUCUUCCAGCGCAUUCCAGCACUUCUCCCCAGCAGAUGCCCGAGCAGCCGAACUUCGCCGAUUUCAGUCAGUUCCAGGCGUUUGCUGUGGAGAAGCCUGCGGAUGAGGGCGACAAACAGCAGGACAGCGUGCAGGUGGAGAAAAGUACAGAUGCUGCUGCAGCCAUGAGAUCAGUGAAGACUGAAGCACAGACAGAAGAGAGACCCGCAGCCACUGUGAACUCUGUUAAAGGAUCCUCUGGCCCUCUGGCCCCGCCCCCCAAACCGGUCAGACGAAGGCUGAAGUCAGAGGAUGAGCUCAGACCUGAGGUGGACGAUCACCCUCAGAAGUCCAACGUCAUCGCCACUGUCCUCGCAACCCAGCCGUCUAUAACACGGUCUGUAGGGAAAGACAAGAAGGCCAUUCAAGCUUCCAUUAGAAGAAACAAAGAGACGAACACUGUACUGGCCAGACUCAACAAUGAAUUACAGCAGCAGUUAAAGGACCUGCUAGAGGAGAGAAUCUCGUUGGAAGUUCAACUGGAGCAGCUGAGACCAUUUUCUCAUUUGUAAUCACAUGAAGGAAACGUGAAGAGCGAUGGAAACGGUCCACUGGAUCCUCCGAGAGGACUCUCCAUGUCGGCCCUUUCUAGCCUCUUCCUGCGGGUGCGCGAAGAAGGAACUCGCUGCUUCUUCCACGCCACUCUCACACACCCGUCCCACCCCACACGAGGGGUGUCCCGAGAGCCGGGGGUGGGAACGUGUAACAUUUUGGCACUUUGAGGAAACAAGAGUCUGAGCGAUGUCAGUCCUCUACUUUAUGCAGGAGAGGGUCAACACCGCUCCAGCAGGUGUGGCCUGGUUAUCGUGUGCACAGAGGGGAGGACUGUGCCAGGCACUCGUUCAUAUCUCUUCUAACCUCCCUAACAUGGCAUUGGAGGAAUUAUAUAAAUAUAUAUAUAUGUGCUUGUGUGUGUGUGUGUGAGCAAUGGUUACAAAUAUAUGGCAUCAUGCAGGGUCCAGUCCUUCAGGUCCAGUCCUGGUCCUCAUCUGCCUUCAGAGCUUUCCAGAUCCAACACAGGUGUGUUAGGUCAGGUAAAUAAGUGUGGCAAGGACUGGCAUUGAGAUACACUGGCAUCAUGCACCGAAGAGCGCUCUGUUUUCUUUUUUUUAACAUCUGUGGUAUAAUAACGAGUUUCUCCACCCUGUACAGUCAUUGACCGAGAAUUUACCUGUAGAUCUUUUAUUUUCACCCCCGCCCCCCUCCUUAAUAUAACUGAAAUGAUGUUUAUAUGAAGCACAACCUGGCACAUACUGAUUAUGCCAAAUAACAAGGUUCCCUUGAUGAACGUGGGCAGAGCUUUAAAUAAGAUUCGAUCAGCCGCUCACAGACUUGACCAGGAUGGUACAAAAUCACCUACUUGAUGAUAGAUCUGACAGAAUGAGUUACCGUAACUGUAAUUCUGGUGUUAGUAUUCUUCACCCAACACUGUAAUACACCAUCAAUAAGCAUCAAUAAACGUGACUCCCAUAUUUACUUGCUAGAAGCAGUACCAACGGUUUCAAUUAUGCAAUAAAAUCCUUAGCCUAAUAUUAGGCUGCAUGUACAUGAUGCACGGCAAAACACAAUUGCGCCGCUGUCCUCGUUUCCUACGGCGUGAGGUCGUAUUUUAUGCAAAGCAGCGAAUAAUACAACGUCAGUGGUGAUAUUAAUCCAUCGGGCUCAUGAUUGGCUGAUCCGAUUGGUCGUCAUCCAAGAAAAUCAUGAUGUGACACGACCAGCUUCCAGAUCAUGUGAGCUGAAAUGUUCCGACUGCACUUUGCUUUCUGUCUUCGUUCCUGUUGCUUCUGUUACCCUGUAAGAUGUCGAUCCGCUCCUGAUGUGAUGCAAACGACUCCUAAAGUCGAACCACUUGAUUUCCACCUGGUUUUAUUUUAACUGCUUUGUUAUUCGUUGUCUGUCUUAAUGUCAAGUGUUUGAUUUUUGUUUUCCAGUCUCUAUUUCUCUGUAUUUCUCUUCCACGUCACAUUCACAGCUCUCGCUCCUGUCGUUCAGAAUUCACGUUAACGUGCGUUAACCCUCCCCGAGUCGAAUCGAGGCGAGCCGUAUAUUUCUCCUGCUGUUCAGGUCGAUGUACUGUAUAAGGGUUCUGUUGUAUAUUGUAUGAUACACCUUUUGAUCUCGUAUGUAAAUUUGCAUUAAUUGCUGACUAAUAGCAGAUACUCUAUUUAAUUGCUUAUAUUAUGGCUGUGGGAUCAUAGACGUUUAACUGCAUGGACGUAUCUCUGCAGAAUGAACUAGCAGCUGUGUGAUUUUUACACAAAAUAAAAACGGCACAAUAUUUUAA